GGCAGGCGGGGCCGGUCGCUGUCCCUGGUGCUGAAUCCUCUGCGUCUGCCGGAGCCGGGAGGCGGCGGGAUGGAGUGAGGGCCGGCGGCGGCGGGCAGGGGAGCGGGACGGCCGCCUGCGAUGGGCCAGGCAUGAUGGGGGCGCUCGGCUCCGUCCUGCCGCUGCUGCUGCCGCCGCUGCUGCAGCUCCUCGCCGCCGCCCCGCGCAGCCAGCCGCCCUCCGCCGCCGCCGGGGCGCGCACCGGCUGCCUGUUUGAGGAUGAUCUUUGCAAAUCUUUUGAAAUCUGUGUAAAUGAUGGACUGUUUGGGAGAUGUCAGCGAGUGCCAGUAAUAGACAUCUACGAAUACGACAUUUCACCCCCUGUUCUUCAGCGCCUAAGGAUCAUCCUGGAGAAGCUCUCACAGAAAGGUUUUACCUGGCAAGAUGAUUAUACACAGCACGUUAUUGGUCAGGAACUUGCAUCUAUUCACAAAAUCCACAACAGACGCCCUGAUCUAUUUGCAUCUGAAGGAUCUGACACAGCAAGGACCGUGGGCCAGAAUGCAGAUAAUGAACGAAAUUACAAUCUGGAAAAUGAUAUGAACUUGGCCAAGUCUCUUCAGCAAUAUCUUAAAUAUCUCAAUAUUCUCUCCCAGUCUGCAGCCACAAAUUUGCAUCCAAGGAAGACGAAUGACAAAGCUUCUGUCAAGAGCUACGUCUAUAAAGACCCUACCAGGUACUACAUGAUGCAAAAACCCAAAGAAAGAGCACCUCCUUUGGCCCCUGCAUCAACAUCCCAUCAACAGCAUGCUGAAAAUUUCCAUGGGAGGACCUUCAACCAGCCUCAGCCAGACAUGUUCUCGCCAGAAUCUGAAACGGGGCUUGACCAAAAAACUCUGAUGGCUGCACUGCAUUCGUACAUCACUCAGAACUUGUCAGCACAAAGCUAUGAUAAAAGCUCUCACAGCAGGACUAAAGGGUCUCACAUUUAUGCCGAUAGAUUCUACUCUUCACAAGUCAGUCCUUUUGAUGGAACAUUUGCCAAAGGAAAAUCAGAAGAUUUUAAAAUGAAGAAACUGCUCCAGCCAAGACCUGCACCAGGAGUGCUGAGACCAACCCCUGAGAUGCUGAAUCAUAAAUCUGCUUUCCAGGAUGAUCCAAAGGACCCUCUGAGUGUAGUGGAUGAGACACUUAUUAAAGGUGUAUUGAAGGACCUAGAGAAACACCAGGUGAAUGUGGAGAAUCUCAGCUCAACAGAACUGGAUGAGAUUGCUGAGACUAUUGCCAAUGCAAUUCAAACAGUUGGCAUUCAGGAAGAAAUCAAAAAGGAUGCUGAAAAACCUACAGAAGACAAAAUAGAAACACAAAUGAAGAAAGGAGGUGCCCAAGAAAAGACAGAGAUUCAAACUGGAUUAAUGGAAAACAGUGUUAACAUACCAGAAAAUGACGUGCGCGAAGCCAGUGCCAAAACUGAUAAAGAGGAGAACACUGCAAAACUAAUUAACUUCUUGAAUGAGAAUGCAUUACCUGAAAAUAUGCCUGAAGAUCUUGGACCUGAAAAAUCUUCCAAGUCAGAAACCAAGAAAUCUGACUCUUCUUCCUCAGAAGAAAUGGAUGCUGGUGUGGAAAAUGUAAAAAGUGAGACUUUCUCAAGGAAACUGAUAUCUGCAGAAAACAGUGAAUCUGACUCCAAAGACCCAAGUGAGACCCGCUACAGGAUUAAGAGCCCUUUAAUGCAGGAUGGAAACUCCCAUGGAGAGCCUCAGAAAAAUAUGGGACAAGGCUUACAAUUUGAAGUGAAGUCUUCAGAAGAGAAAGAAUAUGGCUAUAUUGUGACAAUGAAAGACCCCCUGAGUGUGGAAAAGGGCUCGGAGUUAAUAAAGGAAGUGGCAGAUCUCCUGAAGCUGCCGAUGAGUGCCUUCAAUGAUGUCAACGUGCUGGGACCAGCUGUGACCUUCAGAAUGCACUCAAAUCUCCAAAACAUUUCAACUGCAGAUGUUGCCAAAGCAGCAGCCAUAAACAAAGAGAAGCUUGAAAAAACAACUGGACUGAAAAUUCUGCAGACUGGUGUGGGGGAGAAAAGCAACGUCCCGCCGCUCCCGCAGCGCGGGGAAGAAGCAGAGUCGGCCAAAUUCCUCCUCCUCACCCUCCUCUCCCUCGCCUGCAUCGCCGGGGUCCUGGUGGCGUCGGGGGUCGCCUACUGUCUCCGCCACCGCGCCCGGCACCGGCUGAAGGAGAAGCUCUCGGCUCUGGGGGCCGAAACCGGCUCGGACGCCCCCGCUGCUUAUCAGGAGCUAUGUCGUCAGCGCAUGGCAGUGAAAACAUCUGAUCGCCCGGAGCCCCUCCAUGCUUCUCGAAUAAACAGUGUUUCUUCACAAUUUAGUGAUGGGCCCAUUCCCAGCCCUUCAGCCCGGAGCAGCACAUCGUCCUGGUGUGAGGAACCAGUCCAGUCCAAUAUGGACAUCUCCACCGGUCACAUGAUUUUGUCCUACAUGGAAGAUCAUCUGAAAAACAAGAAUCGUCUGGAGAAAGAGUGGGAAGCUCUGUGUGCUUACCAGGCAGAACCCAAUGCCACCAUCGCUGCGCAGCAGGAGGAAAAUAUCCAGAAGAAUCGCUCACGAGCUGUAGUGCCAUAUGAUCAUUCCAGGAUAUGUCUUAAAGCUGAAAACAGCCAUGACAAUUCAGACUACAUCAAUGCUAGCCCAAUUAUGGACCAUGAUCCCCGAAACCCAGCAUAUAUUGCCACCCAGGGCCCUCUCCCUGCUACUGUUGCUGACUUCUGGCAGAUGGUCUGGGAGAACGGCUGUGUUGUUAUUGUCAUGCUGACACCCCUGAUGGAAAACGGAGUCAAACAGUGCUACCACUACUGGCCAGACGAAGGGUCAAAUCUCUACCACAUCUAUGAGGUAAACCUUGUCUCGGAGCACAUCUGGUGCGAGGAUUUCCUUGUGAGGAGCUUCUAUCUGAAGAACCUGCAGACAAACGAGACCCGCACAGUGACACAGUUCCACUUCCUCAGCUGGAACGAUCAGAGGGUUCCUGCUUCCACAAGAUCACUUCUGGAUUUCCGCAGAAAAGUAAACAAGUGCUACAGGGGUCGCUCUUGUCCAGUAGUUGUUCACUGCAGCGAUGGUGCAGGAAGAAGUGGAACCUACAUUCUAAUUGACAUGGUUCUCAAUAAAAUGGCCAAAGGUGCUAAAGAGAUUGAUAUUGCUGCUACCCUGGAGCACUUGAGGGACCAGAGACCAGGCAUGGUCCAGACAAAGGAGCAGUUUGAGUUUGCUUUGACAGCGGUUGCAGAGGAAGUGAAUGCAAUACUCAAGGCACUUCCCCAGUGAGCAGCUCAGUCUUCUGUAGGUUCUUGCAAGAUCCAUCCCUCGUUUUCUUCAUCCUCAGUCCCUGUGAAUGUUCUUGGAAACCGUGACUUGAACUUACCUGUGUAUCUUCUGUUGUAACCACAUAGUGAUAGGGUCCUUAUAAACUCCUUUAGCUGGUAAAAGUUCAACAGUUAAAAUGUGUAUUCUGUUUUUUGGGGUUUAAAAGAAAUUUUUAAAAGUACAUUGAAGCCUCGGAUUAAGUGACAGAACAAUCCAUCUGAUUCCUUUCACAAUCUCAAAGCCCUGAAUGUCACACUUUGAAAGCACACAUUCAUGUUCUUAAUAGCAAAUAUACAGUAUUGUGGGUAAUUAGUGCAGUCAAUAUAGUCUCAGAAAACAGUGUUCUGUUAUAUUUUGUAACUUUUCAAAGGCUGAAUAAGAGUAGAGGGCCUGAAGAGGAUGGUGAUUGUUCCUAUACAAUGCCGAGCAAAAGCAUGGAACAGUGCUGAGGGUGUGAGUAAACACAGAUCCAGGCUCUAGCAAAGAGAGCUUGCACCUCCUCAUGCUGGGCUUUGGCAAGCAAAUGUUCUCUUAACUGUUGUUUACUUUUCAGCUUUGUGUCAUGAAUGGAAGAAAAUCUGAACUGUAAGUAAAUAGGCCUGCACAGUCGUUGCAACAGGGGAGAACAAGUUGGUCACAUUAAUGGGAACCAGAGGGAUAACGAGCACCGUGUGCUCUGACAACAACUCUGACCAUAUACCUACCACUGACAGCAGGGAAAAGGAGAAAGUAGGCUCACCUCAGGUGAUGGGGAAUGGCCCUGUCAACAGUCAGGUAAAUGUCCAGAGCUGUUAUGGAAACGGGUCGUUGAUUUUAUGGGAUUACUGAGGAAGAAAAUGGGACUCUCCUCUUUAUAUUUUUGCAUUUCCCUAUGUAAAACUGUGCUGUGCCAUUCGUUUUAGCCAGGAAAAUAUAUUUCUGUAAAAGCCUGGCUGAAGGAGAAAUCUCCAGUCUGCAUUUUAUGAUUCUCAUCGAGUUUGUAUGAUACAGACGUUCGUUGCACCUUUCUGCAGAGGCUCUGGUUGCUCCUUGUUCUGAAUGAUACCUAUUUUAAAUAACCAUUAAGGGAUACAGAAGCACACAGGUUGAAUUUCAGAGAUUCUUGUGUUCUCAAAAUUCUAAUGCCUAAUGUUGCAAAGUAAUGCUAAAAUAUGUCUGUAAAUUGUUUAGUUAUGCAAUCUUGCUUACGUGAAUUCAGAGGUUUAGUUGUGGUGGUCUUCUAAAGGAUGAAAUGACUGAUAAAAAAAACUCUGAUAAGUUUGAAUAAAGGGCCUGAGAGUAAAAUCAUCAAAGGUACCUAAGUGAUCUAGGCUUUUAAUUUCUAUUUCAAAAGUGAAUACUUGGAUGCUUUUUCAUAUUUUAUCCUAAAUCUCUCUGAUUCAAGAAUUUGGGAUGCUUUUUUUUUCGGAAAUCCUAACAGUGUUGUGUGCUUGAAACCAUAUUAGGCUAAUCAUAUGACUUCAGUGCUGGAAAAUAUAUCAUUGAAUUUAAUUUGGGAAGGGGAUGCUUUUAUAAACUUCUAAUCAGUGAAAUGUUUAAGAUACAAUAUUGAAGAGUUUCGCAGGCACCUGUCAAAAUCAACCAUGUUGCAAUUCUGUGUUGUAGGUGUGGAUAUUGGUGAUUUCUUAUUUUUAGCUAUUAAAGAGUUACUUAAAAAAAAAAAAAAGCAGAAGGCUUGUUACUUUUUGCCAUACAUUUUUUGUAUGCUUUACUUGAUAUGUGUUGUUGCUUAAUUUGUGCGUUCCAUUACUAUAGCAGUACAGAACGGUUACUGCAGAUGCCAUCAUCCUCUUAAGUACACAUACUGUACAUUAAGCCACAUGUUUAUUUUAUGGCCUAAGCAUUUUAGAGCUUUCCUAGCAAUAACUAAAAAAACUAAUGGAGUAUGAAUGAGAAAAUUGCCUUUUUCAUUUGAUAAUUUAGGUUUAACAGGAUUCUUUUAUUACUUUAGCUAACACAAAAUUGCAGAUCAGGGCAGAUGAGAUCAGUUUGAGCAGUAUCAGCAAGUGUUUGAAGUAGAUUUACUCUGAGCCAUGUACUGCAGCUUUCUGAAAAUAUAGGUAUUUAUAUCUGAACAAACUGUCCAAAGAAGCAAACUUAGAAGCAAAAUAUAGGUAUUUAUAUCCAAACAAAUUGUCUAAAGAAGCAAAAUUAGAGUAUCCGAAGCCAAGCCCUCCAAUUAUUGGGUUGAAUUAUUUCCCAUUGCAAGAUGUUAUGACAUUACCUACUGCCAAUGGGAUAAUGGGUUUUUAGCGCAGAUUUCUGCCCUGGGAUUCAUUAGAGUUUGCAUUCCGACUGUCCCUGUGCAUACCACAACCAUGGCUGACAACACUUUCGUUUGCACUUCAGGAAUAUUUUUUAAUUGUUCCUUUGCAAAUAUUUGCGUUUCGUAAUAGCAAUUUCAGGGUGAUCCCUAUUAAUUCACAGGCAGCUGAGUGUAGGACUUAAAUAUUGUUCUUCAUGCUUUGGAGUUUAUUUAGCGUAGAUUAGAGGGCAUUAAUCUUCCCCAAGGCUAAUGGGGCAAGGAUGUAUUGUUUUAUUCAUACUUGUAGACCAGUUUACACAAUAGAAAGAUUCAGUCUUACUCAGAGGGCUGGAGUAUCUCCCACUGAAUGUCAUUGACAAUUGUGUGAUUUCAGCUGUGGUUUUUAUGGUUCUUCCACAACGAGGUGCCAGGCUUAUUCUGUUAACUGUAAACUAUCACGCAGAGUAUUUCAUCUGUGCGGGUGAUGUACUAUUCACACCUCUCAAUAAACGCCUGCUUCUGGGGGUGAUAAUCUGCUGCAGGGCUUAUUAGUGAAACACAGGUUUCACUGUACCAGGGUGAUCCUGAGGGGUUUGACAAUCCAUUUCCCCAGAAGAUGCCAAAGCCAUGGAAGAAGCCACAGAGAUGGAUUUCUUUACCCUUUUCACUGCACUUGGCUUAAUCCUUAUGAUUCGGUGAAGGAUGUUGUUCAGGCCACCAUCUGGCCACUUGCGCUGGACGUGGGAUCUGCCUCAUAUUCACUGGCAGGCAGAGUUGAGCUUCUUCCUGGAAUCUGAGAUCAUCUGAGAGCCCAGAGUCAAAUAAGUUCUUCCCUAUUCAAUUUUCUGCUUGAUCUUUAGUAAACUGCUUGCAAUUGAAGCUUGGGCUGGUGCCUGACAUGUAGCCAUAAACAGCAUAUGUUUAAUACUGACCAUCCUCAUCUUCUCUAUAAAGACAAAUUGAAUCUACAGGUGCUGUUUGUGUGGUUGAAACUUUAAAUGACAUUUAAGGGACAGAGCCGCAGGAGGGCAAUUUAACCCUGGUGCUCACAGCUUUCAGAGCCUGUGGCAGAGCGAGGAAAUAGGCACAGGAUUGGGCAUAGCUGCUGGUCUCAAGCAAGGCAUCGAUGAGCGAACCAGACUCCACACCUAUGCUGUCCUGAUGGGUGCAGACGUGAGAGAUGAAGAGGUGGUGGUUGUCACCAGCAUAGAUAGAUCGUAGGAGUCACCCUUCCCAUGACAGGGGUCAGGAUUUGGAGAGAUGAAGGGGCAGGACAGCACCGUUCCCCAAGCCCCUGGAGGUUCAACCGUAGCCGCUGGGAAAACUGUGUGAGGUUUUGCUGUUGACUUCACAUAUAUCAGGUGAGCGCUCCAACCAUUACUAUUGAUUCAUCUGUGGGACCCAGUGCAGCCCAGAUAACAUCCAGUGGAAGUCUUUGGCGAUUGUGAGGGACAAGAAGGAAUUUCAGUAGAAAAUUCCUUAUCCAAAUCUCAAUCCAGUAGCAAACCACUCAAGAUUAUUUUUAUAAACUAAACAUUUAAAACAUUUAAAAAUAUUUUUUUAAAUCUACACCAGUGACUAAACCUUAUUCCGUUCUCUAGCUUGCAUGCAGAACCAAUCUUCAUCCAUCCCCAGGGGAAUGACAGCUAUAGUACCUGUAAGGAGUUCACGCUUUAUUAGCCAAGUGGAACAUUAAUAAAACGUAGCCCAUUUCGUAAUUUCCAGAAUAGUCAUUAAUUUAAAAAACUGUUUAUUGGAAUAGAAAACAAGUAUUUGAUUAGCUUUGUUACAGAACAAUAGCUCUCUUAAUUUUUAUUCUGCAUAUUUUAUUCUUUGUUUAGAAAAUUCUCUUAAGAUGCAGUUGAGAUAAUUCGCUUUUUAAAACUGUACAGUUUCUAUGGUUUUUCUUUUUAAAUGAAAGAGUACACUUUGUAGAUUUGAUUAUUAUAUUUUUCUGUCAAGAUUACAUUGGGCAUUACGAAAGCAUUCCCCACCAUAGUGAAAAGAAAGCUAUCCUGUUGGUUUAUUGUAAAAGAGAAAAAAAAUAAUUAAAACAAAAUUGCAGAGCUGUGGCAUACUCAAUCCAAUUAGAGCAUGACUCUUUACUACUCUUCAUUUACCACAUUAGAAAUAAAAUAAAGUUACACCAGCAAGAUUUCAUUUGAAGCUGUUCUUGCAUGCUGUUUGUACUGUAUUUGAUGGCAUAAUAUUGCUUUGUUUACAACCUUUUCUUUGUCAUUCUAUUAUAUUCUAUAUGUAUAUAGUUUAACAAAAAAAAAAAAAGAUUAUAUAAAGUAUUUUGUUCUACCUCUGUAAAAAUCAUAUUUGUGAAUAAAGUCACAUUGUCUGUGGAGUGUGAUAUUGUGAAUACAGUA